AUGACCGCGGCGCAAGAGGGCGGCGUCGUCGCCAGCGGCAAGAUCACCGUGCCGCUCUGCGUCUCCACCUUCAGCUUCUUCGUAAACGCCAAGCCCGGCGUCGUGCUUACGGCCACCCAGACGUAUCAGAUCUACAGCGGCGCUAUCUCCGCCUGGUCGGGCGUGCCUGGCGCGACAGGCAAGGUCGCGGGCGCCAUUACCCGCGUGGCACGCAGCGACAAGUCCGGAUCCACGGCAAUCGUGAAGAAGAUGUGGUCCAAGGCCGUCUCGGGCUAUGGCGACGGCACGGACGGCACGGCUAUGACGUAUGCCGGCCUCACCAAGGUGGAGGGGACCAGCGCCGUGUGCGCCGCCGUGCUCAAGACCAAGGGCGCCAUUGGUUACGCGUUCACCGGCGGCUGCUCCGUCGUCUACAACCGCCGCAAGCCCAACAACCCGAAGCGCGUGAUCGCCGCGCUCAAGAACGCCAACGGCGUCGCCGUCGCGCCGCCGUCGUGGGUCCCCGGCGCGGCGCUCGUGGGCGCGCCUCCCGCAGCCGACGGGUCGUGGAGCAACGUGGAUUUCAUCUGGAAGGGCGGAGCGAAGACCCCUGCGAUGGUUUCCAUGGAGUAUGGGUUCAUCCGCAAGUCGCUCACUGGCGUGACUGGCGGGAAGAUCGCCAAGGCGUUCAUGCAGUUCAUGAUUGUGAAGCUGGCCAAGGGUGGGUAUGGGUUCAAUGCGGUGCCUGCUGGUUGGAGGAACCCGUCCAUUGCUAUGUUGUCAGACCCUCCCCUAAACUUCUCCCCUUUCCUCCUCUCCUCCCUUUUCCACAUCCUGUUCUCGCCCCCUCCUCUGGCCCACUACUCCCGUGCACAAGGGCAGAGCGUGACAUGUGGCAGUAAAUGGGGGGAGGAGGGGCGACGGGCAGGGGAAGCGAGGGCGACUGGCAGGGAAGCAUCUGUACUCGCUAUAGACCUUGCCCACCCACCCCCCUUCAAAUGCCUCUCCCUCCUCGUCUCCCUUUCUCUUUCCCUCCCUAUACUCUCUCCUCUCCUUCCCUCUCUUUGUCCUCCUACCCCUCUGCCCACGCCUCCUCCCGCCUUCCCUCCAUUCCUCUUUCCCUCCCUGCAGUUCCUCUUUGGGAGGGGUAUGUCAUCGGGCUUUGAGAAAAAUGUGGGGGGAAAAUGUGGGGAAAAUCUUUGUCCUCCCACCCCCCUGCCCAUGCCUCCUCCCGCCCCUGCUUCCGCUCCUCUUUCCCUCCCUGCAGUUCCCCUCAGAGAGGGUGAAUCGGCGGAUGGAGGGAGGUGA